UCAAUCAUCAUUAUGGGAUUAUUUGACAAACUAGCUAGCUUGCUUGGUUUGAAGAAAAAAGAAGUCCAUGUUGUGUGCCUUGGAUUGGACAAUAGUGGCAAAACUACUAUCAUCAAUAAACUGAAGCCAUCUAAUGCUCAAACUCAAGAUAUCGUUCCCACAAUAGGAUUCAGUAUUGAGAAAUUCAAGACAUCCAGUUUGUCCUUUACUGUGUUCGAUAUGUCUGGACAAGGUAGAUACAGAAAUCUAUGGGAACACUACUACAAAGAAGGCCAGGCUAUUAUUUUUGUCAUUGAUAGCAGUGACAAACUCAGAAUGGUUGUAGCCAAAGAAGAACUUGACACCCUUCUGAAUCAUCCAGAUAUUAAACAUCGCCGAGUACCAAUUUUGUUCUUUGCAAACAAGAUGGACCUCAGAGAUGCUGUGUCAUCAGUAAAAGUCUCUCAGCUAUUAUCCUUAGAGAAUAUCAAAGACAAGCCAUGGCAUAUCUGUGCUAGUGACGCUCUUAAAGGAGAAGGACUGCAGGAAGGUGUAGACUGGCUUCAGGAUCAGAUUCAGGCAACGAAGACAUGAAAAGCUAAUAAGCUCUGAAAAUACCGUUAAAAGACCAUUUGUGGAUGUAUAUGACAAGCCUUGAAGACAAAGACUUUUUAGGUCUGUUUACAGCAGUGCGUUUUAU